AGGCGGUGCUGGCAAAACUACGUUGAUUAUUUUAGAUGUCAAGAAAAAUUUGGAGAGGACUAUGAGGGCUGUGAAUAUUUCAAGAAGACGUAUGAAUUGUUGUGUCCUGGCUUUUGGGUAAGUUCCAUCAUUUCAGUGAUAUUAUACACUGUAUGGACUAUAGUAUUUUUAAUAUUUAAAAAAGGUACCCAGUAUACCUUUUUCUCAUGACUUGAUAGUGUAUUGAUGUACUGGCAUUUAGUUUUAGUCUGGGUGCUGACAUCAGCUUUGCAAAAUUAAAUCAUUGCUUUGUUCAGUUUGCAGUUAAUGUUUAAAUUUUUUUAUUUUCUUAAUUAAACACAAAUGCUACUUCCCAUUCCACAGGAACCAAACUGGGAUUCAUGGAAGUGUGUUUUAAUAGUUUAUUUCCUAAAUAAACAUUAUGUAUACAUUUUACAAUUUAUAGGAAAUAUUGAUAGUGUGUUGAUGCACUGGCAUUUAGUCUGGGUGCUGACAUAUCAGCUUUGCAAAAUUAAAUCAUUGCUUUGUUCAGUUUGCAGUUAAUGUUAAAUUUUUUUAUUUUCUUAAUUAAACACAAAUGCUUCUUCCCAUUUCACAGGAACCAAACUGGUAUUCAUGGAAGUGUGUUUUAAUUUAUGUAUAAAUUUUACAAUUUAUAGGAAAUAUGGAAAUUUGUGAAACUGCUGUUGUUCCUCGACUGUGAACAAAACAAUAGUUUAUAUUAAGUGCCAUAAGUUGACCAUACUGUUUCAGCUUUCAUUUCUUCUUACAUCUAUAUCGAAGCUAUCAGUAUUUUUUUUUUUUUAACUUUUCUGUCAAAGUUGUUUAACAUUUUUUAAAAAUUCAUGCACCAUAAUUUUAGUAAGUAGGAAAUUCUAGAAAUAUGAAACAAAUACAGGCUAUUCAUUUAGGUGUUACAUUUUUUAACAAAUAUGUCACUUUUGCUAAUUUCAAACAAAAAAUCCUGAAAGUUGCCCUUUAUACUAUUAGUAUUUGAUGUUUUUCAUGCAAUUUUUUCACUGGACACUAUGUAAUGAAAUAGAAAGAAUAAAGAAAAAAAAAAACACACUUUUUUAAGUUUAAGAACUCUACAAUUUUAGCAUGCAUUCUGUUUUUUCAUUAAUAUUAUGUCAUUUAUUAAUGAAAAUUGAUAAAAUAUUAGCUACCAAAAAAUACUUCAUAUUCUCGUCAAUUGUUUCUUUUCUACUACUAGAUUGAACGCUGGAAUGAGCAAAGAGAAAAUGGUACUUUUCCUUAUCCAAGGAGGUAAAGCAGUAUCAAGGAUAUGUCACUGAAUCAAGGAUAUGUCAUGUGAAUAGACAUUUUCACACUUGUUUUUUUUCAACAAUAAUUAUGCAUUUUUGUCUUAAUUGACAUGUUUGAAAAUGAAUAUGAUUUUAAGGAAUUCUGUUGUAGUUCAUUAUGUUAUGAGAAACAAUACAAAACAUUAUGAAAGGCUCUUAAAUUAAUUUAAACAAAUCUGUCCAACUGAAAGUUUGAAUUCUUUAUUUAACAAUAUUUACAUCAACAUAUAAAAUACAGAUGUAUCACACUGAGUCUCAAAAAGUGAUUAUAUCAAUUGCACAUCUCCUCAAAGAGAAUUUAUGACAGGUUAUAUUUUUAAUUGACACACUGUCAACCAUAAGUUUUUAGAUGCCUAAGAUAAUGCAGCUCAAAUUGAUGCUACUGGUUUAUGGUUUAAUUAAUCAGUUGUCAGUCUUAACAGUUGGGUUUGAUUUUUCAAAUAAUAAAUAGCUUUAAUAUAGACAGUAAUAUCAAUCCAAAUUCCCAUCUUCUCUUCCCCCUUUAAAGAAUUUUUUUGUAAAUUAGCUUGGCAAUGCUCAAGUAGAGCUAUAUUUUUAUACUUGUAUUAACUUGUAUCUUUUAAUAAAAAGCUUGUAGGAGUCAUAUAUGAUACUGUAUUAACAAUUAACUUAAGCCUAAGCAUAUUAAAUUUUUAUUUUAGAAUUUACGUUGUAAUGAACCAAUACCUGAACACAUUACAAAUCAUCUAUAUUGCUAUUUCACUAUAUCGAUAGUUGCAGUUUAUUUGUGGAUAAUGUUUAGCUUCAAUUUGCAGAUUAAAUUGCCAGUCUUCUAAGGCUUAUCAUUUGCUAGAACAAUUAUUAUAAAUAAAGUGAAUAAGUUUGUCAUCACUAAUUUUUAGCAUAUUUAAAUGUUGACAUAGUUGUUACCAUACAGAAAAUUAGUGACUAGAAUUUGUUUUAUAAAAAGUUGUUGUUUUUUAUCAAUGACAAAUGGAAGCAUACUAUUUCAUGUUGACAGAGGUGUUAGUUUAAAUUUAAGCAUGCUAUUUCAAUUUCACACUUUUUUUUUUACAACUUCAAAUAAGUAAAUACACCCCUAAGUUCAGGGUUAAUUUUUUCAACUCUUAAAAAAAAGUUAAAUUAAAAUAUACUACAGGGCUUAUAAUUUAGAAAGGAAAUGUGAUCUACAAUUUUUUUAAUAAUUUGAUGUACAUUGUAUCAUUGAAUCUCAUUAUUUGAAUUCCGAACAUAUUUUUUUUUUACUUAAGAUAAAUUAAACUUUAAAUGUAACUAAUUUAGAGAAAAUGUAGGCUUUUUUUUGCUUGCGAUAAAAGAAACAGUAAUUGGAACAAAUUUAGUGAAAAUUUAGGCUAUUUGGUAUAACUAAAAGUUAAAUCUUUGGAUGAUCCAAAAUAGACAACAGAUUUCAAAUAUGAAUUUUUUCCUCACAAUUUGCUGUCACAGUGAUAGCUUUAUAAAAUUUUAUUUAUAGACAAUAUUUAAGCACAUCAGAUAAAAUUUCUUUUAGUGUGGCAUAUAUUACAUAUGCAAUAUAGUUUAUCAAUUGGUUACGCAUUUUCAGACAGCCACCUUACGUAAAUGUACAAAUAAGCAACUGAAAAAUGUAACUUAGGUUGAGGUUUUUUACCUUCAACGUAACUAUUCUGAGUUAACCAAAAAAAACAAACAAAUUUGACAUUGGGUCACUUAAAGUAUUAUAAAAUAAUAAUUAAUAAAGCCAUUCAUUACAGUUACAGUGCUGGAAAGAGCAUUAUUUCAAUCAUAUAACAUUUUUGUUAAUAAAUGUUUCAUCCAAUCUAUACAUUCUGCCAUCUGCAAACAAAUCCUUAAUAUGGUGCAACAUAAAGCACUCCAUUAUUUAGAACAGCACUUUGAACUAUAUACACUAUAUCCUCAUAUUCGGAGUGUGCUUAAUUGAUGAUAGAGCAUAUUGAAUAAUUUGAAACUAUUAAUGUAAUCAUAUUUAUAAUUGUAGGAUUACAUGAAUUUUAAAUUGGUUGACAAUGUUGCUUUGGGUCAUUUAAUAAAUACAAAUUAUUAAUCACACUUUGAAUUUAUUUCGGAAUAUCUAUUUCGAAUAAUGGUCCCCUUAGUUGAGCAAUUGUAUUUCAAUGAACAUUUCUGUUUUAAUCCUGACUAUACAUUUCCAAGCAGAAAGUUACUAGAAAAGAGUAAAAGUGCUUAGCACUGAAAGAUAGGUAAUUGUUUCCUUUAAAAAAAUUAUUGUGUACAAAAGGAGGGAGGUAGAAAUAAAACAGACCAUACUUAGCUUAUAAAUAGCAGAAAAACUACAGUACUUAAGAAUUUAUGAUGAAGCUAUGAUUGACUAGAAUAUCAGUGCAAAAACCAGGAAAAAAAUUAGCUACAUCUUAUACUUAUAUA